AUGACGAGCCAGUUCAAAAACAGCAUCAAUGACUACCUGGAAGGUCUUCCGGAGGCAGUACUAACUCGGCUGUACCAGUCUCCGGCCACAUGUCUGGCGGUGUUCCGACUGCUACCUGCUCUGGCAAGAACACUCAUCAUGGGCAUGAUUUUCAACCCCGAUCCCAUAGCAGUAGCCGACGUCGACGCUCUGGUGAAGCCUUCAAGUCAGCGACUCAAGCUCGAAACACAGAAGAAACUGCGACUGCUCCACAUUUUCACAGAGACCCAGGCCCAUAUCAUCAUUAAUCCGACAUUCAAAAAGAACCUGAGGGCAGCUCUGGUAGGAGGAGACCAGAACAUUUCGUUUGGAGUGCCCUGCGACACGGAAGACAAACACAAGGUGGAUGUGGCGUUUUUGGAUGCUCACGCUGUCUCUCAAUGGGAGAUGAUCUUACAUUUUAUGGUCGGAACGUCGAUUGGAAGAACACCCAGUGAUGGAGUGCUCAACCUGCUGAAGCACAGUGGACUUAUGGAACCCGAACGGGGAGGACUGAGAAUCACCAAUGCAGGAUUCCAGUUCUUGCUACAGGAUGUAAAUGCUCAGAUUUGGACACUGUUGCUCCAGUAUCUCAACAUGUCCGAGUAUCUGCAGAUGGAUCCUGUAGACGUGCUCAACUUCAUUUUCAUGCUAGGUUCUCUCGAGCUAGGCCAGGACUACUCGCUCAGUGCACUCUCCGAGACACAGAAACACAUGCUGGAGGAUCUGCGGGAUUACGGUAUCGUCUACCAGCGAAAAGCAUCGUCUAGACGAUUCUAUCCUACGCGACUGGCUACUACUCUGACAUCAGAAACGGCUGCACUUAGAACAGCCAGUCAGAGCAUGGAAGCAGCUACACAAGACACAAUUUCGUCUUCUGUUGCUGCCGACUCUGGAUUUAUCAUUCUGGAAACUAAUUUCAGACUCUACGCCUACACAGAGUCUCCACUACAGAUCGCAGUACUGAACCUUUUUGUCAAUCUUAAGACACGAUUUGCAAACAUGGUUACCGGUCAGAUCAACCGAGACUCGGUUCGAUUUGCGCUCUCAAACGGUAUUACUGCCGAACAAAUCAUCACAUAUCUCUCUGUUCAUGCACACCCACGUAUGAAGGGGAUGGAACACGUUCUUCCCCCUACUGUGGUGGAUCAGAUCAAACUGUGGCAACUUGAGAUGGACAGAAUCCGAGCCACCGACGGUUACUUGUUCUCCGAGUUCAAAAACUUUGACGAGUACAAGGAUGUCUCCACUUAUGCCAAGGAGCUGGGCGUUCUCUUGUAUGAGAAUCCUGGAAAGCGAAAGUUCGUGUCUACGCUUGCUGGUUCUCAGCAGAUUGUUGAGUUUGUCAAACGACGAAAUCAAAAGCACCGUAGCUCCGCAAACUGA